CGACUCUCCUCGCAACCAACAGCAUCCAACUCGCACACAACCGAGCACUGUGCAGCAGCAGCAAGUCCACGAGGCAUCAUGGCGACCGCCUACUACGAGUUCUAUCGUGGCUCCUCGAUCGGAAUGGCCCUGACGGAUUCCCUCGACGAGCUCAUCACGAGCGGCGCGAUCACGCCUCAGCUGGCCAUGAAGGUGUUGCAGCAGUUUGAUAAAUCGCUCGCGGACACGAUGGUGAAGCAGGUCAAGACGAAGACGACGCUCAAGGGCCACCUGCACACGUACCGGCUGUGCGACGACGUGUGGACGUUCAUCGUCAAGGACGCGUCUUUCAAGAUGGAGUCCAACGAGAUGGUCAGCGCGCCGAAGAUCAAGAUCAUCGCGUGCAAGAACGGGGACGCGAUCGAAGCAGGGAAGAAGUAGCGCCGCCGCUGCCGCCGCAUGUGCUUUCGACUCGUUUCUGCACUGCGGGAGGGCGCGGGCGCGGGCUGUCGAGCGUCGAUAUACGAUAGUAGAGAGCGCCCAAGCUAUAGGAUUCGCGCACGGCGGCGGCAGCUGUGUCUCUGGGGCGAGCGCCGAGCUGUGUGCAGUGUGUUUUUGCGGAGCCUCUCGCCGAUUGUAUUGUAUUUCCACGACUGCGUCUAAUAUAUAUUCUGCGAGUCG